GGCACACGUGACCUGCCUAAAAUGGAGCAUUGAGGUUGACAGGCUGCCGUUCAUAUUCGCUGUGGGGGAAGUGGACUCUGCAAGCAGCCGAGAGGCCAAUUGGAGGUUUUUUGCCGAGGGAGGUUUCCAUAGGUUGGCACCUGCUGGUAAAUUCCUGGCUCUGAUUCUGAGGGGGACGAGAGGUCAUGUAGUCAAGGAUCUUUAAUGACAGAGAGAGAAAGAAUAAUGACCUCCUUAAUUGAAGUGAAACAUGAAGCGGAGGAUUGGGACUUUGUGCAAAGCACAGAGAUUCCCACAAGAAGGGACGUCCUGGCCUUGAAUUACAGAGAUCUGCUGACCCCAGACAGCCAGAAAAUUAAACUUUUGCCUCUACAACAUCGUCGAAAGCAAAGGGAGCAGUAUCGCAGCAACGUGAACUCACUGCAGGAGCUGGCUGCUAUCCUGCCGGCCCCUCCACAGAGACGGGAGAAAAGGCUGACAAAGAAGGAGAUUCUGAACCAGGUUUUGCGAUACAUUGCAUUUCUUAACAAGCACAUCUGCAACACUAAAUCCCUGUUGAAGAAUCAUUAUGUGGCAAUAGAUGAAAGUGAAUACUACUUAAAUGGAGAGGAAUCUUCAAGCCCAGAAGAAGCUGCACAGAGUAACACAGAGAUCAGUCCUCCCUCCACACCUCCAACCAUAAAGAAAAUGAGGCUGAGGAACAUCUGUCCCAAACCAAGGAAAAAGAAGUGGGUGGAAAAAACAGAACGGAGACAGAUGCUGAAAUCACACCACUGCCUCUACAGUGAGGCAGCACUUUACGAUAAUCACUUGGAAACAGAAGGCCAGCGGGAGGUUAAGCUGACGUGGCAAGAGCCACCCCUGGAUACUUCUUCCUCCAGUUCCUGCUCACAGGACAACACUGUCAGGCCCCCGGGCCGCGCACUGUUCCUUACUUUGCUGGAGCUGGCAGAAUCAGGAGGUCCCACGGGAUCCGGUCUCAGAAACACAGGGAAGUACGAGACAAACAAUGACCCAAAGGGAUCUCCUGAAAGCGAUGAAAGAAAGAUGAAUUGUAGCAACGAGUCCAGCGUGUACGACCCACUGGUCAACUCUCCAUAUCUAAGUAUGAAAGAUCAGAAGCUGGUUCACUACCUCUCAUCCCACGACGAGGAUGAUGAUGUCGACCGAAGUCCCUGGCUUCCACAGGAGUCCCCUCGAGGAGGAGCAGAGAUCCAUUCUCCCAUCAGUGACUCUCUAGCCACAUCGGGGCUACAAGCAACACUGGGUUUGAGUCCUUCCCUCUUCUCAUCUCCAGGGCGCCACAUUCAACUUCUGCAGGACAAGAAGGAAAACCUGGCUCAAGCCUUGUUCGGAGCUGUGUGUCUUAGCCCAGAACUCCCAGCGACCAGACCUGGGGACUUGAAGCUGUCUAACGCAGGUCAAAACCAGCAAUAUCCUAACGGUUACUGGAAUCUCACUUUAAAGGACGAUCCAGAUCAAAUUGUGCCAGCAACUCCACCGAUGACCUCCGACUCGUUCCAGUCCACCUUCAUUUUUGACCACUGCUACCUCCCAUACAGUGAGACAAGUAGGACAGACUCCAGUCAAGCCGACAGUACAUCUUCAGGGGACAAUUCCUGCCAGAUUUGUCCAAGCUUAGAGAAGUGGGACAGACAUCUUCUGCAGGAGGACAGUGAUGAAAGCGAACACUGGCUGUCCUCAAGCGAUGACAUUGAAGAUAAUGACAUCACCUGGACUCCGUACUGCAGGGGAAAAUUUUUGCAGCAAACGGCUUUGAGUAAACAGAAGCGCACCAGGAUCAUCAGCCAAGGCAACCACAGGAAGAUACGAAGGAAGAGGUGCUGCACGCUCCAACUCAAGAAAAAAUGUGUCAAUGGCUUUAUCAUGUUCUGUCGCAUUAACAGAAGGCUGUACAUCAGUGACCAUCCCGGAACUGCUUCCACAGUCGCUACCAAAGCUUUGGCUCACGUGUGGCGCAGCAUGUCAAAGAAUGAACGGCGGCCGUACUGCAUCAAGGCCCGUGAGUUCAGCAAGAUGAAUAACCGCAUUGUGAGGCUGGAUAGCUCGUCGAGUGAAGAGAGAGAGGAGGUGAAGAUGCCCGAACCUCUCCAUCUCCUGUAAGGUGCCUUCUCAUUCUGAGACACACGUGUACACACUCAGAAACGCAUUCACAGUGCCACUCCGGAAUGUAGAGGACUGCCUGACCUAAGUUAAGUUGCACGAGAACAUCAUUAAUCGUAGAAGAGUCGCUUGAGGUGGACAACCCUGAUGUACUCAAAAUUUCAGCAAACUCAGUAAUGUCUUGGAUCUCCGAGGCAAGUGUAAAAUCUGCAAAAUCAUUGUGUCUCUUUUAAUAUAUAUGGAGAAUUGUGAAACAGAAAUUUUCGUCUGCAGUUAAUAUUGAACAACGGCACUCAUCUAAAUAUUUGAAGAAAUAGAACAUGUUGACAGUGGUGCUAAAGUUUAGGUGAAUGGUGGUGUUCCCAAUGGAGUGCGUAGCUGUAACAUUGCGCAGUUUGGGUGUAUUUGAAUGUGAUGCAGUUAUCAUUCAUAUCCAACAUUUCUUUUUAAGUCUGUAUGAAAGCAUGGCAGCACUGUCGACCGAGCUUGGCUCGUAUUUAUGUUCAUGCUGAGCCACUGUUGUGACCCUGGGGGUAUAGUUUUUUCAAAGCUCUCACACCUUUAUCGCACAGCCCUCUGUACUCUGCAGCAGCUCAUCCUCCAGUUGCAUGAAAAAUCCAGCUGAAUGGUCGCGAUUCCUUAUAUCACAAGCAAUGAUGCCACCUCCUUGAAAAUCCUUUCGGUCUUUCGCCCCUCGGAUUUAACCCCACUCUGACGUGAGUUGUGGGCAGUCUCCCGCUCCUUCCCCACCUCCAUUUCCUUGUGGGCAUGAGCAACGGUACAGCCACCUCUAGUUUGGCACCCAAAUUGCGACCUGACCGAGAUGCCAGAGGGGGAGCUGGUGUGGGAAAUGGACAGUGUCUCACUGGUGCUGUAGAUGGUGCUCAACAGGGGCUGGGGCUGGGGCUGGGGUGUGUAGUUGGAGCAGAGAAGUGGCCUGCUCCUGCUCCUACUUCAUAUGUUUACUUGGCAUCUAUGUCUGAUUUGAUAUUGUGUAAUGGGACAGGGUAAGAGGAGUCUUACUCACCACCUAAUCAUGCUUGACUUGACUGAGAAAUGUUUGAUUCUGGCUCUGAGUGCCCUAAGACUGAAAAAAAAAGUGUUCCAUUCACCAUCCUAAACAGCACAAAAUUUGCGACCAAAAAAAGUUUAUUUCUACUUCAAGCCAAUAUCAUAAUUGAGAGCUAAUUCUUAUAGAAGGACAUCACUGAAGCAUUCAACAGCCAGUACAGUUUGCAUUUCAUAUUAAAAUGCAAAUAUAACUCAUCACUUUAACUUGACCAAGAAAGAGUACACAAAGAGGAUAAUUUAUAUCUCACUCAGUGCCAACCACAACUCGAGGCACUUUCAUUUUACAGAGAUGCAGUUGACAGCAAGUGCAUGAAUCUCUUCUUGUCAGCCGCACUGCUCAAUAUAACAUAUUCCACCCAGCCUGUCCGGGCAGCGCUGCAGACUAUUUUGCAGCUGCACCAAUCUCGCAAAGUGACCUGGCAGCUCACUGCGCCAGCGUGCUCGCGCCAUGACAGGAGCGUGCUUUUAACACUGGGCUGGCACACUGUGGCAUUCCUGAGGCCGUCGUGAUGUUCCUGGCUCACCCUUUGAGCCAUUUUCCCGUCUCAGCCCGCUGGGAGACCAGGAUGAGGGAACAGGAAGGUAGCGGGCACCCCUUCUGAAGCUGGAACACAAAGAAAAUGCAAUGAAACAGCUUCUCUCUUGACUCACUCACCCCUGAAUUGUCAACUUAAGUCAGACAGUUUCCAUUAUGUACUGAUUAAAUUAGCAUAAAAUCUAAUUAUCUGAUUGUUUCAAAGGAACACAUAUCAAUAUAAUUUAUAAAAGAAAGACUUGUACUUUUAUAUAGAUUCAUCACCAUUGCCCUCAAGCACUAUUUAAUUACUUAGAAGUGCAUUCUCUUGUUAUGUAGGCAAACAUGGAACCAUUUUUUGCACACACUGUGAUUCUCACGACCAAUGAAAUGAUUGGCCAGAUAUUCUCUCUUAUUGGCUGAGCGUAGGGAGAAUCAUCAGCUAGAACAUACAGAACUGCCCACUCUUUUUUUUGAAAUAGUGCUGUAGGACAAUGUCUCCAACAAUGCAGCCCCUCCCUCCCUCACUACUGCACGGGUGCGUAUCCCUCGAUUAUGUGCGCGUGUUCUGGGGUAGGAUUUCUGACCCAGAGGCACGAGUGCUAACCACUGAGCCUGGUUGUCAUGGUGACUUCCAACUGUGGCAAUAUCCUUUUACAGAUAAUUAUAACUGAAGUUUAUGCCACAUGUUUUUUGUACGGCUUUGGAAAAGCGACACCUCGAAUCACUAAUCCAAAUCUAGCAUUGGUCCUCCCUGUAGGACAAUUGCAGAGUGGUGAUGAUAGGUGCAGUGAGGACAAUCACAUUGUGUAUUAACCAUGCCUGUUGGUUGAAGGAUGGUGCAUGGAGGAGAACAGUAAUCAUAAAGGCAGGGAGUUGGCUGCCUUAGGUGAGAGCGUGUGCUACUGGCCUGGUGUCACUGGCACCUGUUACAUCUGCACUGCAGCGGGAGACCAUUUCUGUUGUUCCACUGCUAACUUCCGUGUUAAGGUAACUAAAGUUUCCUAAUUGAUUUGCAAUUUGGAGGGAUGAGAAAAUAAAGUCGCACAUUGACAUUGUUUGACAAAGCCGUUAUUAAUCUGUUAUUAUGGUUCCUAUUUAUUG